GUUACAAUCAGAACUGAGAGUGCCUGGAUAAUUUAAGUCCUGACGAUGAGACGAAAUUCACGACAGUCCGAGAGUCUAUCAUUGAAAGACUAGGCGAUAGAAUGUGGAGUUUUCGCUUAAUCUCGACCCUCACAUUUAUGUUGCUGGCCCACGGGGCACCUUCUCCGCAAGAAUUAGAGCUAGCUCAAGCCCUCAAGUCCGAUGCCAAUCAAGAUCUUUCGGGCUUUUCUGAAUCUCAACACUCGUCAUCCUUAUCGGAUUUAACCGACGAGUCCCGGCCGAUAAAAGUAAGCCAGUUUGAUGAAUCUGGCACACAAACAUUCGGCAAUCUUUCUCCUGAUUCCGGGCCGUCGAUUAGUGAUCACGAUGAAGGUCGAAUGGACAAUCCACUCAAUAUCAGACAUAGAUCCGAGGACAUGGGACUGAAUAUGGCAGAUGAUGAUUUCCAAUCGAGAAAUCCCUUUGGCUCCAACUCAAAAUUGGAUAUGGAACCAAUGAACGCUCUUCAAGGUCAAAACAUUGGCUCAUUUGACGGUGACAACGACAUGGAUGAUAUCGAUAGACUUCUAGAGUCAACAAGCUCUCAUAAAUUCAAGUCUGGGGGAGUGGUUCAAGGAACAAAACCAUCGAAUAGCAUGGAUGGCAGUGAACUUCUGCCUUUGUCGAGUGGAGAUGUGGAGGCGAGUAGAGUGAUGGAAGGUCUCAAUGAGGACCGGAUCACUGCUGAAAUUGAGGAUCUCCAGGCGAAAUUGGGCAGCCUUCAAGCAAAUAUCGACAAGGUUUUGAGCGAGGUGGCAUAAGAACAUAACUUGUAUGUCUGUUACACAUUUCUCCCCAAAUCAUGUAACCUUUGGUUUGUGCCAUACAAAAGCAUGUUCUAAUA